GGUGAGGCUGAAGGGUGGUGCCAAGCUGGGUGAGGGCAGAGUGGAGGUGCUGAGGAACAAUGAGUGGGGCACGGUGUGUGACGACCGUUGGACCCUGCUGUCGGCCAGCGUGGUGUGCAGGGAGCUGGGCUUCGGAUCCGCCAAGGAGGCCCUGACUGGAGCUCGCAUGGGACAAGGGAUGGGUCCUAUCCACAUGAAUGAGGUCCAGUGUUGUGGGACGGAGAAGUCGAUGUGGGACUGCGGCUUUAAGAACAUAACGUCAGAGGACUGCCAGCAUGUAGAAGACGCCGCUGUGAGGUGCAACACGCCAUACAUGGCUCUGGAGAACUCGAUCCGCCUGACAGGGGGGCGUACCCGGUACGAGGGGCGGGUGGAGGUGUUGAGCACGAAGGCCAACGGGACCAAGAGCUGGGGGCUGAUAUGUGGAGGGACCUGGGGCACCAAGGAGGCCAUGGUGGCCUGCAGACAGCUGGGGCUAGGCUACGCUAACCACGGCCUGCAAGAAACAUGGUACUGGGACAGUAGUAACGUGACAGAGAUGGUGAUGAGUGGAGUGAAGUGUACAGGAAACGAGAUGUCUCUGAGCUACUGCCAGCAUCACAGGACUGUCAGCUGUCAGAAGACUGCUGCCAAGUUCUCUGCUGGGGUCAUCUGCUCAGAGACGGCGUCUGACCUGGUCCUGAAUGCUCCCCUGGUCCAGCAGUCCGUGUACAUUGAGGACCGCCCGCUCCACAUGUUGUACUGCGCAGCGGAGGAGAACUGUCUGUCUAAGUCUGCCGCUAGUGCUAACUGGCCCUACGGACACCGCCGCCUGCUGCGGUUCUCCUCUCAGAUCCACAACAUCGGACGGGCCGACUUCAGGCCCAAGGCUGGACGCCACUCCUGGGUCUGGCACGCCUGUCACGGGUAACUAUGGC